ACCUGCUGAUUGAACAAGAUACCAGUUCUCGAGAUAAAGCAGCGGGAAGAGUGUAGUGUGGAUUUGGAGUGGAAAAGAGUGACUUUGGAACAUGGCGAAUUUAUUGUUGCGAGGAUAAUUACCCUCAUUUUACCCUGACCUCCGUGCCCUCCUCCUGUUGGGACAAGUUACCCGCGGCAACUCCUAAAUAUUUGAAUUGCAUUUCAUCACCUUUGCUCUACAUUACCAACAGACAAAAUGAUUGUUAACUUCUGUUUAAAGAUAUGUUAUGAAAGCUCUACAAUGAGAAGAAAACAGCUGCUGUUGCUGAAGGUGGGCAUAGUUGCCUGGCUUCUGGUGGUGUACAUACUCUUCACAUAUCAGCCAUCAACCACUUCACCCACACUCAGCCAGAAGUCCCAUAACAUCAACCAGCAGCUAGACAAACUCGAAGAUGAGCUAAGCAAGCAGUCAAAGUUCUACAGCUCACUCCUAGAGAAGCUGCGCGGGCUACAGCGACAGCAGCAGGAAGACCAACACAGUAGUAAUGAGGAGGAUGACCUCAGACUGAUAAAGGACGGACCGGUACUUCCUAUUCUUCUCAUUGCCUGUAAUCGCGAAGCAGCUGUAAGAAGAUCUAUAGACUUGCUGCUAAAAUACCGGCCAGACCAGGAACGAUUUCCAAUCAUAGUCUCGCAAGACUGUGGCCACAAGCCCACAAGAGAGACUAUAGAGUCAUACGGAGAUCAGCUUUCUUUGAUUCAGCAACCAGACCUGAGUGACAUCGAAGUGCCAUUGAAGGAAAGAAAAUUCAAGGGUUAUUUUCUUAUUGCACGACAUUACAAAUGGGCCCUGACCCAAAUAUUUCAGAAGUUUAAUUAUGAGGCUGUAAUUAUAGUAGAAGAUGAUUUGGAUGUAGCUCCCGAUUUCUACGAGUAUUUCUCUGCAACUUACCCAAUCUUAAGAUCAGACCCAACGCUGUGGUGUGUGUCUGCGUGGAAUGACAAUGGAAAGGCAGGCCUUGUAGAUGUUAAGAAUGGGAGUAGCAUUCUUUAUCGCACUGACUUCUUCCCCGGACUGGGGUGGAUGAUGACUAGGGAACUAUGGGACGAGCUGGGGCCAAAGUGGCCUCGGUCAUACUGGGACGACUGGGUUCGCGCACCAGAGCAGAGAGCCAACAGAGCAUGUAUCAGACCGGAAGUCUCGAGGACGCGGACUUUUGGCAAGAAGGGAGUCAGCAAUGGGUUGUUCUAUGAGAAACAUUUGAAGCAGAUACAUCUAAAUGAAGUGUUUGUGCCAUUUACUAAACUGAACCUCUCAUAUUUACACCAGGAGCAGUAUGAUCCCACUUUUGAGAAAGAAGUUCAGAAUAGUCAGGUAGUGAGUUUGACAGAGGUCAAGUCAGGUCGCUUGACUCAAGGUGUUAAGUACAAAAUUGUUUAUCACACAAAAGAUGUCUUCAAGAGGACUGCAAAGGCACUUGGCCUGAUGGAUGACUUCAAGGCGGGAGUACCAAGAACAGGCUACAAGGGAGUUAUCAGUUUCUUUUAUGGGAAUAACAGAAUAUUCCUUGCACCGGGCAAUAACUGGCAAGGCUACAACCCCUCCUGGAGCUAGCAGCAUGCGUUAGUUAUCCAAAAGCAAGUCGCGGAAGGUAGUAAUAGGCGACUUCUAAGGAGCCUUGCAGUAGAAACUUUGUCCUCGUUGCAGAUUGACUACUUGCUACCAAUUACUGUUAUGCAGAUUCACCCUCAUUUUUGUACAGUGCAGAAUUUAUAAGAAUCUUUUAUUUAUAGAUGACCCGUGUUGUUAUAUACAUAUAUAUAUAUAUCAUUUUGGAAUUUAUUUUUAACAGUGUCAGUUUUUCUCAUUUUCUUUCCUGUCUGGUGGAAUUCACUUUUCUGUUUGUUUUUUUGUUUUAGGAAUUAGUGUAGUUGAAAAGUUUUAGUGAGUUUUAAAUAAUUCUUUUUAUGUUACCACAAUAAUGAUAAAAAGGAGAGCCAUCACAUUUUCAAUUUUGGUUAGUUUUUGUACUAUUGUUUGUAGUGUUUUAACAGGAUUUUUACACUAAUUGAAAGAUAUUUUUUUUAUUGACUGUAAAUCUGUCAAAAUACUAAGCAAAUGAAAAUAAUUUCUUAAAGUGUGAGGUACACCCAGGAAAAGAUCAUUAUUAUUUAUGCCUGUAAAUUAUGACAUCACAGAUCUGAGAAGUAAUGUGUGAAUAUUGUAUUGUUUUUUAGAUUUGCAUUAUGCAGAAUGAACGGGCCUGGAAAGAUGAGAAAAUUGUCUCAUUGAAUAAAAGCUGUCUCUGAGAGUCACUGUAAUUUAGAUGAUAACAUUUUCCCUCAUAACAGGGUAGUGACAGAUAUUCAUUUCAUGAAAUACUUGUCAUGCCAGUAACCUGAAUUUCUGAUUUUAUAUAUUCCAAGAAGUUGUGCAAUGUGCAUGAUAUGAUUUUAAUCUAAUUCUGUAAAAUGAUUUGCAUAAACAUCAUCUGAUAAUUUAUUUCUGUAUUUAGUAU